CCUGAUCCUAUCGAGUCUUUGCUCUUCAUACCUCAUUGAUAUAUUGCACCAUUUGGAGUGAACCAAUCACCAUGGCAACUCAAACAUUGACCGAGAACGCGCUUCUGACUCGGGCUCGUGCCAGUAACAGCAAAGAAGACUGCCAAACCCUCUAUGCCGAAUGGGCCGACACCUAUAACGCCGAUCUUGCCGACGCCUCCCAAGACUACGUCGCUCCCUUCCUCGCUGCCGAAACCGCUCUCCAGAACGCCACCAAUGUCAAAGGUUCAAUACUCGAUGCCGGGUGCGGGACUGGAUUGGUCGGAGAAGCACUUGCACGGGGUGGCGCUGUCACCAUCGAUGGCCUUGACCUGUCACCCGCCAUGCUGAGAGUGGCCAGACAGACGGGUGUUUACCGAAACCUUGACAUUGGGGACCUGACGCAGCCGAUUGAGAAGCCGGACGACGUCUAUGAUGUCGUGACGUGUGCUGGCACAUUCACCCAUGGUCAUGUUGGACCAGCCCCAGCCUUGAGGGAGUUUUUGAGGGUGACAAAGACAAAUGGUAUCAUUGUUGCGACCAUUUUGGAGGAUAUAUGGCUAUCGGGUGGCUUCAAAGCUGAAGUCGAACGAUUGGAGGUAGAACAUCUAGUGAAGGUCGCUAGCAUGGAACUUAAGGACUAUAGAAGGGGAGCGGGUGACAAGGCAACCUUCAUUGUUCUCAAAAAGAUUGGUUCGGUCUGAAAGCACGUAGGUCGAGCAACUGUCGGGAGGUGCUGUUCGAAGAUGUUGAUGAUUGUCACUGGCCGAUGAUAUAAACCUGAGAUGCUGUUCGGAUGAAUGUGUUCAUCCCGUUCUUUGUCCAAGCGAUUGAUAUGACCUCCUCUAUCUCCAAAACAAGUGACAAGUCGUAGAGCGCUGUCUUAUUUAUUGAUCUAAC